AUGGAUAUUACAGCAGAACUUAGGAGUCUCAAAAAUGGAGAGAUUCUUUUGGCAGAAGGAUUUUCAUUAUUUGAGGCUAUGUCAGCAACUGAAUUAUUUGACAAGAAAAUAGAUGUAAAACUGGGAUUGGCUGAUGCUGAUACACCUUAGAAAUUACUGUAAUCACAGCAGAUAAAGGCAGGAUCACAAUUAACUAAUGAAGAACUUGUGGGACUCUUUGAUUUAGUCAUUCAGAAAAUUACAUGUUGGCUUAAUGGAAAUGCAUUAGCUUAGACCAUUUACACAUUAGUGUAUUAGUAUGAUGAUUCUUUAUGGGAUAAUCCAUUUGUUAAAGCAUUGUUUGAUACACUGAAUACAGUAGGCAGCCAAAUCUUCAAAAUAAUCAAGGAAGCUCCAUUCCUCAGAGAAGAGGAUUAUAAUCCCUCUGUGUUCAGUUUCAGAAACAAGAGAAUACCCACUAUUUAGGAGUUAUUGACAACUACUUUAAAUCCAUUGGAUACCGAAUUAAGUGGCAAAGUUAAGAAAUCAAAGCAAUUAACUAUAGCAGAUGCGCUCUCCUCUAGAAUUAAAUUGCUAAAAGGUUUUUGUUUAAUUGUUCAAUCUCUCUAAUAACCAUUCAAUGCGGAAUCAUAAAAAUAAAUAACAGAUCACAUCGAAUUCAUUAGAAAAAGAUUUGACGCUGUAGUGUAAACUAAGGCUAUGGGGAAGGAUAUGUCAAACUAUUAAAGCGUGACAAUUCUUAAACAUCUCAAAUCCAUGAUCAGCAUGAGGAAAAUACCUCAGAUGGAAAACCCUUAUGAAUACUUUAGUACCAUGCUAAUUUAAUUAGAAGCAGUUCUUGAUUUAAGUGGAGAACGCAAUUACUUUAGCAUCUAAUAGAAAAUUUGUGCUUUGAUUCAUGAUUAUCCUAAGAAUAUUUUAAUUAGAGCCUAUCUAGAGUAAAAUCUAUUUAAAUACGAUUAAUUCCUCUAUUUCCAUUAAACUCCGUGGAUUAAUAUCGUCAUCGGAACCCUUAAUAAAAUGUUUUCAUAGAACUUCGAUCAAUUAUAUCAAAAUGUGUUCAAGGAAUAUCAAGAUUGCCUAGUACCUGUUACUUAUGAAUACAUAAUUAAAUAAUUAAGAUCGAAAUUCAGAAAGAGCAGAGAUUUUCAUAAGAAUUAUUCUCAUUUAUCGAUACUCGUUCAUCACAGCAAUCAAAUUGAUCAAGACAUCUUCAAAAAUAAAAACCCUUUGAUGAUUUUCAGUUAUGAGAUUGCUGUACAAUCCAUGAUCCAAUAAUUACAAUAUGGAUUUGAUCUGGAACUCUAUUCGGAUGUAGAUUAUGCUGGCAUUUACUUUUAUCUAGAGUAUUUGACGACCAUUCUUGACAGAAAUCGAACUAAUUAUGUUAAUCAAUUGACCAAUUCAUAAAGAGAAUAAUUACAGAACCAAAACAAAAAGAAACCCAAGGUAUCUCCAUAGAUUGAUCAAAUGUACUUUGAGAUUUAAUAUUGGAAGGGAUUGAAUUGUCUCUUUAGAGGUUUAUCAAGGUUAUAUUAUACCCUAAUGGAAAAUGGGUUCAUUAAGAAAGUCCAAGAUAUGGAUCAUCGAUAUUCUAACAGAAUGAAAAUCUUUGACGCUUGUUAUUACAUCAAAGCCAUCAGAUUUGAAGAAUACACCCAAAAGAUGAAAUCUUACGGUUCAUUCUAAGAAACCCUCAAAUUUGUCAGUUCCUCUCUAAGUGAGGCACAAUAGCUUUUUGCUCAAGUAAAAGACAAUAAAAUGGUGUCUUAGCAGAUGCAAGAUCAAUCAAAGGAUUUGGUUAUGAUAUGCGUUGUGACAUCUGUAAAUGCUAUGAAAUUAAUCCAAAAUCAAAAAUACUAAGUUUCAUUCAAGAAAACAACAAUAUCAUUUGUACCAUAAAUAGAGUUAAUUGCAUUAUAAUAAUGA